GUUCCCGGCCCCUCUGCACCCCCCACCCCAACCACGAGGGUCCCGGGGGGGGGGCGGGGAGGGUCCAUCCCCACAUCCCCGGGCCCACCCACCGGGCCAGGUACUCACAGAGCUCGCACUUCAGGCCAAACUUCUUGCCAAUCUUGUUGAUUCGCACCAUGGGGGUGUCCCCAAUUUUCUUCAGGAUAUCCGGCAAGAUUUUGGGGGAUUUCGCCCUAGAACAGAGUCGUCCGUGAUGAGUCAGGCCUGGCAGUCCAGCACGCUGUGUCAAGUGUGCACAACCCAGCUGGCAGUGUGCAAACCAUGCUACGUGCACCUCCUGAAGGGCCCCCUCCACCUCUCCCCCGUCCUCCCGCUCCGGGACGGAUGCCAAUCCCACACCCUCCUCCUGUCUGCGCCAAGGAUGUGCUCACCGAACAUUCGCCUGGGAAUACACACCUCUGACCGAAGGUUCCAGAAAUGCAAUCGCUGCCUACACCCUCAGGUUUCUAAACUACGGGCCGUGGUUCUCAGGCUGCAGCGAGCCCAAGGCACUGGGCGCCCAUCCACCCCGCAUUCCUGGCCCCACGCCCAGCCCCAGGGCCCGGCUCCCCGGGGGGUCCAGAGGUGCUUAGGAGGCAGCAUUCCACCCCCGGGCCGGGCGAACAGGCCUCCACGCCCACAGGUGGAGUCCAGCCUCCAACUGCGGCCUCCCAACAGGAGGGACACCCGGCCAGAGGGAGGCCGGAACAGCAGGGAGCACCUCACAGACGACCUCAGCCCCGAGGGAGGCUGGGCCCUCAGGCUGAGGCUGGGCCUUGAUUCAGUGACUCCAGCUGCAUCCUCUUGGGGGCUCAAUCAUCCUGCCCCAGCCCGGGAGGCCCGCCUGCUCCACCCGCCCGCUCCAGACAGGAGGACAUGGGCCUCCCGACUCCGGACCAGGCCUCGGGCGCUGGAAACCCCCUGAGCACCUGCCUAACGUGACCAGGGCAGGAGCCAGGGAUCAAACGGGCCAGGGAAGGCCCAGGAGGUCCCCGGGGGGCAGCCCCACCACAGCGUCUGGCCCUCCCCUCCUGCUGCGCCCACCCUGGUCCUCCUUCUCAGCCAUUCCACCUGGGAACCAUCUAGAACCUCCCCCGACCGCCCACCCAGACCCAUCACACCUGCGGCCUCACCAUGAGGAGCCCCAAGCACCACAGGCUCCGGGGCACGUUGGCCGUGCACUCUCCCCGCCGGCUUUGCAGGGGGGUUAAUUAGGCCCGCAGAUGAGGAAUAGGUGUUUUGCACCCAGUCAGGGGGCCUCCCUCCCACCCCAGGCCUUCCGACUCAGGACUCAGGAGCCCUCAGGAAGCCGGGUCUCUCCCUGCGGCCCUGCGCCCCCGCCCUGGGAGCCUCCCCAGCCUCUGCCCCAGGGCUCAUCCCCAGCUAGGCCUCCGCAGCUCCCAGCACGGAGAUGGUUCGAUGUUUGCAGCUUCCGGGCUUGGGGAAGUUUCCAUCUCCAUCUCCAUCCGUGAGCCCCACUGGGGCCCACACCUCCCCACCACCCCUCGCUGCCGAGCGUGGGUACAGCAGCGUCUACGCAGUAAAAAUCAAACACCUUGACUUAUUUGUUCACUUCUGGAAGAUUAUCCUAAGGACGAAAGCACUCAAGUUUUAUCGGGGGUCAGAGAUUUUAGUCUUUUUUUAUUCCUUUCCCACAGACGUAUCUCCUACACUUAGAACAGGGCACAGAUGACUGCAAACAUCUAAAUAUGCAGGAGAGGGACGCCCCGGGGCUCAGCUGAGCCUCUGCCUCCGGCUCAGGGCGUGACCCUGGGGUCCCGGAUUCCCGCAUGGGCCUCCUGCAGGGAGCCUGCUUCUCCAAAUGCCUGUGUCUCUGCCUCUCUGUGUGUCUUAUAAAUAAAAUCUUUUUUUCAUAAAUAAAAUCUUAAAAAUACUCAAAAGAGGGCUUCAAAGUUCUUCACGCAACAGUCCCAGUUCAACCACGAAAAGAGCCCACUGCCGACAAAUAUCUCGUUAUCAGAGAAGUGUUCACCGCUCAGGCUUAAGGGGAGGCGCGCAGGCUGCAUCCCUAAUUGCUGCAGCUGCGCGCUCGCCUCCAACGGGAGCAUAUGGCCUGUGGGGCUGGGCUAGAAAGUCCCCUCGGUGGGUCCCUCAAAGCCUGUGACUGGGGCACAUCCGUUUAGUUACCCAGCGUCGACUCUUGCUGGGUACCGGGCUCGAGCGAAAACCAGCCUUGGCCUUCUGAGCCUUGGUCGCUCAUCUAGAAGGUGCCCCCACCCCCACCCCGUCCCAGCUCACCCCCACCCCGAGCGAUUACAAGGGGGGGACCAACCUCAGG